CGGGGCCCGCGGGACGGGUUCGGGCUCUGCUGCAGGCCUGUCCCGCCGCCCCGGGGCUGUGUUCACUGUCCCCAGUGAGGGACUCCGGCACGGGGGUGACCAAUCCAACCAUGGGUAGUGUGAACAGCUCAGAGGGACCCUGGCUACAAAGAUUUGCAGAUGGGAAACCUGUGAGAAAAGCCAAGCGACAGCAGCCUUGGAAGGCAGCACCUGAUCAAAGCCGAGAAAUCAUUGCUUCUGUUCGGUGCAUCUUGGACAGAGAAAGCUUUGUGAGGGAGGUGGACAGAUAUUUGAGGCACAGUGAUUUCCUAAAUCUGAGAAAGACAGAACUUCUGUACAAAAAAUAUCUUGAGGAUGUUUCAGAGCCGUUUAUGCAGAAAAUUAAGGACCAAAUGGAGAGCCAGUCAUGGGAAGAAGUGCAAAAAAGGAUGCAAGAACAAUUGUCCCAAUAUUUAAACUACUCGACAAAGAAGGGCUACGUGUUUCUGGAUGUUUAUGACCCUUCAGAGUACGACCCAUUCCUCAGGAGGCGUGCACAGGCUGCUGGAAGAUGUGAGGAGGUUUGGAGCCCCACUGGGACCAGCAGGAAGCCAGCAGAGCGUGUCGGACAAAAGUCAUCAACCAGCACAAUGACAGAGAGAGCAAUGAUGUCACCUGGCCUCCCGCUGACCACAGCAGCAAGCACAGCCACCAAAGCAGCCACAGAAACGUCUGAGAUGCUGCUUGUCUUUUUGCCAGAUCCAGUUCAAUGCUCUACAGGCUAAAACCUGCUAUUCUAGGAGGUUUAACUUGGGCUGAGCUCAGUAAAGACCGUGUUCUCUCCUGGAGACAUUGUCCUAGCAGUAAAUCAAACUCUUAAUGUACAUCGUAGGUGUUUAGAGAAGGCAGGAAGUAAGUAGGGAGAGGAGAUGGGAAGUGGUGUACAAAACAUUUGGUGCUUUUUGGAGAGCUGGUGCUGAGCAGCAGCUGCUGCCAGUGCCCUCAGAGCUGUCCCUCUCCUGUGCCAGGGCAGCCCCCUCUCCCUGCUGGUGUGGCUGCUCAGCAGCUCUGGGCUCAAAGCCUGGAAACAGAAUUUUCUCUGUCCCCCAAACGCCCAUUGCACAGACACAAUCUCACAUGGGUUGCCAAGAGUUGAAUUUUAUUUAGGAUUAGAAAUACUGAACCACAGAAAACUGUUAAAUGUAACAGAGGUUGACUCAAUAACAGGAGGGUGCACAGAUGGUGACUGGAUGGGAAACUGCCAGACUUCAGGAGGAAUUUCUGCACCCGUGGAAAACAGGGGCACAGGCUGCUCAGAACUGCAUGCUGUACUUCUGCAACAAAGCAGUUUAAAGGAGGCAGCAAAAUGGUUACAAUGUAUCAAAUAUUUAUAAACAUACUUUCUUUUUUUUAACCAUCCCUGAUUUGGUGCCAAGAGAAAGAUCUUGCUUUCAACCAAUUCAUUUUACAGGUUUAUACUGGGGUGACAGUUCCCCAGAGCAAAACUUUUUAACUUGUAAUAAACUUUCCUUGAACAAAUCCUAUAAGUUUUUCUUAUUAUAUCACAUUCCCCUGUACAAUAAAAUAUACCUUUUUAAAAUCACUAUGCAUCAAUAAACAUCUGUAGACAAAUUAAUAAACUUAUAUUUUACUCUCUAUAUACAUGUUGGCAAUGUCAAAGCUUCAAGAUUCACAUGGAGGUCUACAAGACCAAGGAAAUGUACACAAAUAACUUAUAUUUAGGAAAAAACCCCAAAGAGCUGAAGAGUAUUUUGCCACAUUUUUGUGGGUCACAGUAUUUAAAAUAUUUUUUCUAGUUAAUUCUUCACAACCACAUUGUCUCAGCAGAGAAUGAUAAAUCCAACUGAAGCAGAAAGAAAAGUCAAGUAGCAGUUACUGAUUCCAGUGCAGAACUAAAGUCAAGUAAAGAACUACAUUGGAUUCUUAAAAGAAUAUACAA